UUUGUUUUCAUUUUCGAAUAUGCGUGUUGUUAGUGAAAUCAAGUCUGGAGUCGUAAAGUAGAAAUAGUGUACUCCAUGGACUUUAUUCAUCAUUGAGUGUGACGGUUUUUGAGGGUUGGAGCUGCGGUGUGGAGGUGACUGAUUGUCCUGUAGGGUGAUAGCUGGUUAUUGAUGGGAAUUCGUUAUGAACUGAUUGUGUUUUCUAGGCCUAAUUGUAACUCAACCAUUAUUUGUAAAAAGAAUUCUUAAAUUAGAAAAACUUACAUGGAUUAACGAUCUGUUUAUGUGAUCAGGACUUUCAUGUUGAGUCAAGGUACAUUAAACAUUACAGUAAAUCUUUUAUUUGAAAGUGCCGGUUAUAUGAUUCCAGAAACAAAGUUUACAUCGAUUAAAAAUCAUGAUCUAAGUCUUGCUAUUCUUCUGCAAACUACUGAAUGGGUCUUUGGCUUCAGGCCCCUUUGGUUUUGUUAUGCAUAGUGAUCUUGGUUUCAUCGGUGCCUACAUCGAUACAAAAACACGAGCUUGAAGAAAAUGAUUCCUUUGACAGUCAACUGAUAGAAGAUAACAGAUCACAUUUUCGAGGACGCCGGUCUGGUGACAGGCUUGGAUCUGAUAAAAAUGAUUCAUUACCUGGUGAAAGACGGUCACGUAGGCGUCGCAGAAAGCAUAACCGAAAUUGUGAACAACCAGGCCAAUGUCCUGAAGGUGGUGCUAAUUGGAAACGGCCAAAUAGACGUGGAAAAAAACAUCGUACGCGAUGCAGUGGUGAUGGUGAUUGUCCUGAAGGUCAAAUGUGUAAGGAACGUCGUCACAGAGGAGGACGUAAACAUCAAACACGUGGUGCUCCUCCACCUUCCGGCAGUCUAUCUCCAUCCUCACAUAGUGGACUAAAAGUUGGGAGGAAAUUUUGUCGUGAGAGAAAAAAUGGAGUACAUAGAAGAUCAGGAAUCCUGUAAUUCGUAUCAAGGAACAUUAUCAUCAGUAUUCAAAGGAACUUCGUUUAUACUAGUUUAUACAAUUCAUAUAUAUAUCCUAAUAUUUCCUUAUUUAUUGUUUUCCUGUUUUUUUUUCUAUAGAAAUUUGUCUGUUUAUCUUCGAACUGACUUUUAUUCAAAAAGUAUAUAACACUACAUUCACCCAUUCAUCCAUAUACUCAAUUUAAUCCAUUGCAAAAAAGUAAUUUUACUUAUUGGGUUUGCGAUCCCAUUUCAUGUUUUAUCAACUCAUUCAGUCAUUAAGCAUUUAAUCCCUUAUCCCCACUGCUCGACUUUACCCUUGCAAUUUUACUGUUUUAUUUUUGCUUGUUUUUGUUUAUAUUUUGCCUUAACUGGUCUUUUUUUGUCAUUGAAAUGUGUGUGUGUACACAUACGUAGUUUUGUUUCUUAUAUUUGCUUUUAUUACAGUUCUCAGUAAUUUCCGACGGGAAAUAUGAAUUACUCACUGUUGCCAAUAUAAAAAAUACACGAUAAAUCCUUGUUAUUCAUCUUCAGUGUCUGUUCACUUAUCAUCUUCAAAUUGUUUUCACUACCCCUGUUUAUCUUGUCAUGUAAUUACCGGUUAUUCUAUUCAACGAAAGUUUUGGGGUAAUUUGUAGUUUGUAUUCGUCAUGAAUUAAUCUCAAUAUGAGUAUCACUGAAAACUAGGACGCAUUGGACAGUUGUUUCAUACUACAGCGGUGCUCACUCACGACCCAUUCAGGGAUUGAACCUUCACCAGAUCUCGCAUGGAACUCAGUCGUUAUAAACAAUGAAUUGGAGUGCGGUGGUGCAAUUGCAGCUUCAAUCAACUUGAAAUAUAUCAUGACAAUCAUCCAAUAUCACUGGUAGCAAUUUCCACUUCCUACAUGUCUGAACUCUAACAGUUGUGAGUCCUUACUAGAGCUUCAGGGACAUAUUGUAGUCACUUAUGAGCUUGCUUAAACGUGUUUUAUAGAGAUUGGUUUACUUUGUAGUCAGUGAUACUCUGAGUUCCAUCGAUAUAACCUAUAAAUUAAACCAAUCUCCUCAAAACUGCAACUCAAUCUCCGAUAAAUUAGGUAAUCAUUUUAUCAAUACAUAAUUGUUGAAUGAUCUACUAUACUAACUAGUAUCAGUUAAAAUAUCAUUUGAUAAUCAACAUGUGGGUGAUUUUUUCAAUCUCUGGUUGUACUACUUACGCAUCUUCAAUAUCAGUACGAAUGAACAUGGGCAGAUUUGUUUAUUAUAUUUACAAGACUACAAAGUAAAUGCCACUAAUUUUCACAGUUAAAUAAUUGAUUUUUUUAUGCCAUUGAAUUAUCAUAGCGUUAAUCUGGUUGUAAAUAGAAAUUGAUCGAUCCAUAUCAUGAGGUAUACUAAAGUUAACCGAAUGCAUAAUUGAAUUAAACAAAAUGAAUCCGUGUCAAACUACAUCUGUCAGAAAUAACUUGGAUUUUUGGGUAGACAUUACUUGUGAUUGGAUCCCUGUUUUAAUUUACAAAAGUUAAAAUAAAAUUGAAGUUUUCGUUUUUUUGUAGUUAUAUACUUUAAAAAAAUUUGAUCCAAAUGUUCAAUAAUAAACUGCUUUAAUGUUUUGAUCCUGUAUGGCUUUUAUGACGCUUCCAAAAUGGAAGGGAACUCCUAACCUGUUCAAAUCUUUUACUAUAACUGCCUUUAAAUUUGCUCUACUUUUUCACAUGAUAAAUGGCACAUGUUUCAUAGCCGCUCACAUACACAUAAUUAUAUCUCACAAGGAAUCCCUUUAACUUGAAUGGACAAACGUUGGGAUGAGGUAGGUUUUGUUUGUACUUAAUAAUGAAUUUGUCCAUUUGAACUUGUUAAUUUAUUAACUGAAUAAACGGCUUACACUAAGUUGUGAAACGUCAGAAAUUGGAUCUUUUUCUCUAAUCAUUGAGAUAUUACAAAUAUAUCAUCAUCAGUAUUUAAA